AUGUCAACCCGUGGACCUCAAUACAUCCAAGGAUUUGAUUCAGGAACAACCCCAGAUGCCAAUGGAUCCCAUUUGACUGGAUUUUCUUCAUGGAACGAGGAGACCCCUGAGAGGAACCGCGCUGCCAGACUACACAGCCCAGGACAUGGUUUUGGAUCCCCAACUUGCGACAUGUCUUGGACAUCCAUCGACCACCACUGCCACUUGACCAACAACACCAACAACACUGGCCCCAGAUUGAGGAAACGUAGCACGACACUGGACUGA